UACAGCGUUACUACUGUGUUCUGUGUGUUGGUUUCGGCCACUUCGGCAAAAUCGUCGGUUUCGACUGUUGACUCUUCCACUUUGCAUUUUCACCUUAGUUUUGAGUGUCUCCGCGUCGCUGGACAUCGAAGCUCAUUCGUGCUUACGUGAGUGGUACUUCGAAGUGAGGAAGUACCAUGGCCCCGAAUAUGAGAACUGAUGUAAUUUUGCUGGAAGGAAUGGCAUGCCCAGUUUGUGUUGAGAUAAUCAACAAGAAGUUGGUGAAUCUGAGCGGUGUUGAAACUGUUCACGUGGAUCUGGAAGAAAAUGAAGCUGUUGUCAAGUAUGAUCCAAGCGAGGUAACUCUGCGUGAAAUCACCCGAGCAGUAAUAGAGAGUGGCUUCAAUGCACGCACCAAGAACUCGUGUCCAAGCCUUGAAGACAUCACGCUGCUCAUUGGUGGCAUGAUGUGCAACGAGUGUGUUGGCAAAGUAACGGCAAGUGUUGCCCAAAUCAAGGGAGUCUGCCGUGUUGACGUUUCCUUGGAUAAGGGCAGAGCCAAUGUUACAUUUGAAACAACUCAAACGGACCCUCUUGCUAUUAAGUCUACCGUAAACAACCUUGGUUUUGUUGUGACUCUGCCUGAAAGUAUUAAGCCAUCAUCUGUCACUCUUUCUGUUGAGGGUGUUGCCUGCAGCCUAUGUGUUAUUUCAGUUGAAAGAGUACUUUUUGCAAAACCAGGAGUGAAGUCAGUUUCUGUGUCACUUGAAGAGCAGAAGGUGCUAGUUGACUUCUGCAGCUAUGAGGUGAGAGCAUAUGACUUGUGUCGAGCUGUCUGCAAUGCAGGGUAUUCAGCAACAAUCAUCAGUGAGCAAGGACCCCCAGACCUUGUUUCGGCAUUAUUCAGCGUCACAGGCAUGACCUGCAUGUCUUGUGUUACCUCUCUAGAAGGUAUGUUGUCUCGAACUGAAGGAGUUGAAGGUGUCAAGGUGUCUCUUCAAGAAGGUACUGCUGCUGUUGUCUACAUCUCAUCAAUAUUGACACGCCAAAAAAUUGUGGAAAUUAUCAGUGAUUCUGGCUAUGGCUGCGAGAUCAAGGAACAGACUCAAAAAGGCUCCAUAGCAUCAGAGGACACGCCACUUCUUGAAAAACAGCUAAGCAAAGCUGCAUCAUGCCUAUUUAUUUCUUCUUUAGACACUGGUUCAAGUGAAGCAUUGUAUUCAUCAGUGGAGAAUAGGUUGCAGUUAGCACCAACAUCAGAAAUCUCGUCAGGUUCUGUGCAUGAAAAAGAAGUGCCUUUGCAGAAAUGCUAUCUUCAUGUUAGAGGCAUGACGUGUGCCUCCUGUGUAUCAGCCGUUGAGAAAAAUCUUCUAAAGCUGAAUGGUGUAGCCCAGGCACUUGUCAGUCUUCUGUCAGAAAGAGCAGAAGUGAAGUAUGAUCCAGAAAAAGUUUCACCUAUGCAGCUUUCACAAGCGACAACAGAUCUUGGUUAUGAUGCAUCGAUCAUAGAAACAGCAGAGCUUCAACCAGGAGAAAUUGAUCUUUCAAUCAAAGGCAUGACAUGUGCUUCUUGUGUUUCCUCCAUUGAAUCUAACCUCUUGAAGCGACCAGGUGUGACAAAAGCAUCAGUCAGCCUUGCCAUGCAAAGGGGCCAUUUUGUGUAUGACAGUGAACUUAUUGGCCCACGGAGACUUAUCCAAGCUAUAGAGGAGCUGGGGUUUGAAGCAUCUCCUGCACCUGUCAACAAGCUUGGUGUUGACCAUCUCACCCAUGUUGCUGAAAUUAGAAAGUGGCGCCAUGCCUUUUUAAUUUCUCUUAUAUGUGGCAUUCCUACCAUGGUCGUUAUGGUUUACUUCAUGGCCUUUGCCAGCAUGGAGAAUCAUUGCUGCCUUAUUCCAGGGCUAUCCUUGGAAAAUCUUCUUCUAUUUGUUUUUGCAUCACCAGUUCAGUUUGUGGGUGGGCGACACUUCUAUUUGCCAGCAUUUCGGGCCCUGCAGCAUGGCAUGGCGAACAUGGACGUAUUGGUGAUGUUAGCAACCAAUGUGUCCUACCUGUACAGCGUUAUCAUUCUUCUCUACUUUGUGGCCACUCGGUCUGACCGCAGCCCCACCACAUUUUUUGACACUGUGCCCAUGCUCAUUGUCUUCCUUUGCCUUGGUCGCUGGCUGGAGCAUCUUGCCAAGAGACAUACUUCAGGUGCUUUGACAAAGCUAAUAUCAUUGCAAGCCACUGAAGCUACUUUGUUAACAGUAAAUGAAGAUGGUGAUGUAUUAUCUGAGAAGAAAAUUGACGUCAAUCUAAUACAGAGGAGUGACACGAUAAAGGUUGUCCCAGGUGAAAGAAUACCUGUGGAUGGCAAGGUUAUUGGUGGAUCAUCAAAUGUUAAUGAAGCUCACAUCACGGGGGAACCACUCCCCGUCAUCAAGACAGUUGGCUGCACUGUGAUGGCAGGCUCAAUUAAUGAGAACGGUGUUCUACUAAUUUGUGCAACUCAUGUUGGCAAGGACACAACCUUGGCUCAGAUUGUACGUCUUGUUGAGGAGGCACAAUCAUCUAAGGCCCCUAUUCAGCAGCUGGCUGACAAAAUUGCAGGCUACUUUGUUCCAACUGUGGUUGUCCUCUCAAUUCUCACACUGGCCGUGUGGCUUAUCCUAGGUUUUAUCAGGACAGAUCUAGUCUACAACUACUAUGGCAAGGCACAAGACAUGUCAGAAAGUGAAGUGGUCAUCCAAUUUGCAUUCCAAUGUGCUCUGACAGUGCUGUCAAUUGCUUGCCCAUGUGCUUUAGGCCUUGCCACACCAACUGCAGUGAUGGUAGGAACUGGGGUUGGUGCCACAAACGGCAUUCUUAUUAAAGGGGCUGAGCCACUGGAAGCCAUUUGCAAGGUGAAGUGCUUUGCAUUUGACAAAACUGGCACAAUUACAAAGGGAAAACCUGUUUUGGUGUAUGCUGGUCUUGUGACACAUGUUAAGGCCCUAACACUAAAUGCCCUGAUGGCCAUUGUGGGGACUGCUGAGGCAAGUAGUGAGCACCCAAUUGCUAAAGCCAUCACGGAUUAUGCUAAGCAGUUAUUGCAGACAGAGAUUCUUGGAAGCUGUGAAGGCUUUGAGGCAAUCUCAGGCUUUGGUCUGUCUUGCAAAGUUGGAAAUGUGGCCAGCCUUUUAAAGAAUGCACCAAAGUAUGCAGAUGAACAGGAUUCUUAUUGUGUAGAAAUUCAGUACAUUGGAGAAGUGAACCAAGAAGGAAGUGAGCAAGAAAAAUGGGACAAUACAUAUGACGUGCUUGUGGGUAACAGAGAAUGGAUGCAGAAGAACUCUGUUGAAGUGUCAUCUUCUGUUGACAGCUUGAUGGCCAAUAGAGAAAUGCUGGGGCAGACAGUUAUUUUGUGUGCCAUAAAUGGUGUUCUUGCAGGUAUACUUGCUGUGUCAGACACACUGAAGCCUGAGUCCAAAGCCACUGUGAGUGAACUAAAAGAGAUGGGCUUUAAGGUUGUUCUUCUGACUGGAGACAAUAAGCAGACUGCAUCAGCCAUUGCGCAGCAGGUUGGCAUUGAUGAAGUGUUUGCUCAAGUUUUGCCCUCACACAAAGCAGAGAAAAUCCAAGACCUGCAGAAUAAAGGUUUCAAAGUCGCCAUGGUUGGGGAUGGCAUCAAUGACUCACCUGCCUUAGUUAAGGCUGAUGUUGGCAUCGCCCUCUCAGAUGGCACAGAUGUGGCAAUUGAAGCUGCAGACUUGGUCUUGAUUCGGAACAAUCUCUAUGAUGUGGUGGCUGCUGUUGAUCUUUCAAGGAAGACUGUGCGAAGAAUUCGGAUGAAUUUUUUCCUUGCUAGCAUCUACAACCUUGUGGGCAUUCCUCUUGCAGCAGGUGUCUUUAUGCCCUUGGGCAUUGCCUUGUUACCAUGGAUGGGAGCAGCUGCUAUGGCCCUAUCCUCUGUUUCAGUAGUCACAUCAUCAUUACUCCUGUACUUGUAUCAGAAGCCUGUUUUGGCUAAAUCAUAUUGCCCAAGUGAGCCAGAAGAAUCACAAAGAAAAGACAUGAAGUUUUCUGAAGACGUUGUGCAUGGGGCAAAGCCUCUCAGCACAAGUGUGGCCAAAAACUCCAAUGUCCAAGGAUCACCUCUGAGAGACUCAUUUUUGCCAGAAGUCUGCAUUCAGCAAGAACUUGAAGCAUUAUGUAAUGAUAACAUGCAGCAGUUACUUUGAAUCCUGCUGGGCAAACCCUUCUUGUUUUAUCUUUUUUCAUUCCCUUUGCCCCCUCGUCCCCUCUAUCUAGUCCAGUGUGCUUUAAGAAUUUCCUGCAGGGUUAUGUGAAUACACGAGCUUACCUGCUGUUGCUGCAGGAUGGACAUAAAAUAUCCAGUUUUGGCCAACUAAUGUGAAAACUUGGCAUGCAUAACAGUUUGUUUACCUAUGCUGGGUGCCAUAUCUUUCUUAUUGCUCUGGCUUGACUACUUGCUACUGCAAAGCAAUGUGAGCAGAUUGACAAUGGUGAAGUAACCAAAGGAGCUACUUCUGAGUGAUAUGCUGCUAGUAUGAAGGGAUCUCUCAUCCUGCAGCAACAUAAAUGAAGUGUGUGUGUUUAUAAAAGCAGUGUUUAUGCUGAUAUUUCAUUUGUGUUGUUGACUUUCUGGUUGUGCAUUGCAGAGCCGAAUGAAGGUGAACUUGUAGCCUUUCUCAGAAGUAGUCUUGUGACAAUCUUUUAUUGUUUUGUUCAUUUUUCUUAUUUUAAGCAUUAAGUUUUGUAUUUAAUCAUCCGUCAUGUACUGAACCUUACUGUGACCUUUAUAUAGUACUUACUUUGGCAAUUUUGAAUAUUUUUUCUUACUUUGCCAAUGUUUCAUUUGUGUUCAUAUCUCACAUGGAGAUUACAUUUUGUGGUUUAUUCUGCACAGUAUCACAUUUGACAUUGGUACUUCUCUAGGAGUAGAUAUUAAAAAGGAUGGGGAUACAUAGCACGAGGUUGACUAUGCGAAGCCAGAUCAGCCUGCAAUGAUCUAUCAUUUUCAAAGAAUAUAAGGUAGGUACGUGUAGGAACCACCUGAUAGCCCGAUAUAUCCCAAAAAUAUGCAUGUUUAAACCAAGCCAAUUAAAAAUAACUACCAAAGCCCUUUGUACAGAUGGUUAACCAACGAAGCUGAAACAUGUGGCCCUAGUGUUUAUCACUUGGUUAAUCCCGAUUGUUCAUUAAACGAUGGCUUGGUAGGCAGCCGGAUCAUCAGUAUGCAGUUGCUGCUUGUGCUUAGCUGUAUGAGCCUGUUCUUGUGCCUGGACUGCAGCAUUGGCACGGCCUAGACAAGCUCGUUUCUGGUUCUGCUCACGGCAUUGCUGAUCGAAAGCUGUGCUCCUCAGGACUACGUAUGACGUGUAGCCUACCCAUUUUGGAGCCGGAGACAAACUGCUGCGCACGCGCUUGGCUGUGACGGAGAACAACGACGUCACUACUGGCACAGCUAGGCCAACACCACCUAGAUAGUACAAGGCACUUCAAUCCAUGAUGCCAUGUUAGCUGGCCUGACUGUCAUAGAAUCUAAUGGGGUGCUCCCGAGUAGGCAACAGUGAUUUUGACGUCGCCACUUUCAUCAUGCUAGCCUUGUCAAUGGAAAUUUCGGGUCAAGUAGCGUGACGUCAUGGAUCGGAGUAAACAGGCCGUGUGCUAUCUAGGUGGUGUUGGUUAAUCGUGCACCUUUCUUUCCCCCCCUCUCUUUUUUUCGCGCAUGUGCAUGGGGUUGCACCGGAGGAGUUUUCAGCAUACAGGCGACUGACAGACGGACGGACGGACGAAUCGGCUAGCCACAUACAGCUUCGCUGUAAAACCACUAUCACGUGCAAGCACAUUCACAUGAUCACUUGAGUGAAUUCACAUCAUCGCAUAAGUGAAAUCAACAAUCUGAGUGGGCCUGUGCAGCCAAUGACCCUAUGCAGUUCAUGGAAGAGCUCCACUGCUUAUUAUGGUAUGUGUGACUUGUCUGCUGUGAACAAAAUAAAAUAAUGAGCACAUAAAGCGAGGGAGUCCCACAUAUAGAAAGCAACACAAAUCAUCUCUGCUGGCUGAACUCUAUUUUUGAUUCCCAGGUUUGUAAAUUACAGAUAUUUAGCGUUUUAGCCAGAUAAACCAGGGAAGUUGUAGUGCUUCAUUUGUUCUCAUGCAAAACAAACUGCAAAAUUCUUCGUUCCAGUAAGAGUUCACUGCUAAUGAGUUGCCAAAAUAAAUAUGCAAAAGAAAGAUCAAUUUGGUGGCAUUUUAACAGAAGAAAUUCUGCACAUAUAUAUGCAGCAGAACUUCUGUUCUGCUGCAAAUUUUGUUCGUAAUGUGUUCAUGAUGGAGAACUCUGAAACCCCAUUUAAGUCACAUCUUUUACUGCUCUGCUUCCUGCAUUACCUUAAUUCAAAAUCUUAUCGGCAGGGUUCUACUCUAUUAUUUUUUCGUCUGUUCGGUUCCCCAAAAUUUAUAACAUUUUGUUGCAUGUAAAUGCUUGCAAAUUUAGGUCACAGUUAGCUCUACAAGGCCAGAAGAUCAUUUGCUACAGUUUAUUCAGUUUACCAAAUUGAAAGAACAGGGACUUUGGACCUUUGUUGUAUUUCAAGCUCUUUAACUUAGAAUAAAGUGAGCAGGUAUUGUCUUUA